GAUUGUAAGGGAGGCUGGACUGAUCUAUGUGCCGCUGCAAAAACCUUGUUCCUGUGUUUUUACUCUGGGAGUGAGUUUUGAGUUCUGGACGAGGAACGCUUGGUCUGCAGGGGGAAUGCACCGAGAAACCACCCUUUCCUCUCCUCUUCUCCUUUUUCCUAUGGUGUAUUUUCCCACCGUUUUUUAUGUUUUACUUGUUAACGUGAGGGGCAGGAUACUAUAAGGUGGCUCAUCUCGUGUUUCUCUCUCUCUGCCACUCUGCUGAACAAAAUCCAUCUGCACAAAAGGAGCGUGUUAUCUUUUCUUUUGGAAGCCAUACAUUUGCAGCUGAUGCUUUUUUUUUUUGGAGCCGCAAACUUUCUCUGUUUAAAGAUGAAUAAUUAAAAAGCUUGGAUCCUAUGCUAUCCCCUUGUGCAAACAUUUUAGAUGAUGUCAUUGCACUGCAUUUUUGAUCAGAGAGCUUUUUUCAGGAGACCCACGGACGAGCAGCGAGGUGGGCGGCGAGCUCCGAAAAAUCAGGUGCAGAGCCGCUGAGUAGAGUUUUCGUGGCCGGCUGGAUCUGCCAGGCGCGUCUCUCUCCUUAAUCUCCACUCUAUCCAUCAUCUGAGCUGGACCGGACUAGGGAACGUGGACCCCUCGCAGCCAUGACCGAGGCCGACUGGCGGCGCUUGAAGUGCCCCGUGACGCGCGCACAUCUCCAUCGCACCGGCCAGUCAGUCCGCUUUCCCGUUCCUCCAUACACUUCUCGAUGCCAAUCCACGGAACUCACGUGUCAUGUUUCAUCCGGAGUGUCUCAAUUUUAAAAAAGACCUUAAGACCUUCGACGAACACUUUAAGGAAGCCAGUGUGAAAAUUGUACAAGGAUUUGGAAAUCCUAGGUGCAGAAAAGAGUUUGAUUUUGCGCACUUUCCUCUCGGGUAAUCCUCGGACCGGACGUAGAACGAGGACGACCGGUAAACUUGGCUUCACCUGUUCCCCCGUAACCCGUGGAGAAUACCAGCUGUUAUGGCCUAACCCCCCACUUCUGCUCUCCUCCUCCCGUCAGCUCUGCCCCGCCCCCGAGCCGUUACCAGGCGCGCAAGCAACAGCCGCCGUUACAGCCGCUCCCGGUGGCACGCUCGCUGCGCACUCCUCACUGACACACACACACACACACACACACACACCUCCUUCAAAAGGGGGAAGCUAUGCGCGCCGCCCGGUUCCGGCGGGAGCGUCCGCUGACCUUGUGACCUCUCCGGUGGGAUUACACGGGCGGGAUAGAAAGGAGAACUUUGGCGAGAUCGAAGGCGACCCAGCGUUCAUUUGCUUUCCAAGACGCACUGAGCGAUUCGGCCGGACGCAGGGAGCAAUGCGGUCCUUCUUCUCUACCCUGGCUGUCUUGUGUAUCCAGAUGAUGCUGGUGAUGUGCAAUCCUCUACAGGUGUUCGGAGUUGAUGGCGUGAACUUCAGCAUGCAUGUGGAGAAUCAGACUCGUGCACGAGACCCCAUGAGCCGGCGACAGCCCCGAGUCUACCAGCUCUACAGUCGCACCAGCUGCAAACAUGUACAAGUGUUUGGCCGGAGAAUCAGUGCCCGCGGGGAGGACGGAGACAAAUUUGCCCAGCUUGUAGUGGAGGCAGACACAUUUGGCAGCCAGGUGCGAAUCAGGGGGAGGGAGACCAACUACUACCUGUGUAUGAACCGCAGGGGCAAACUUGUAGGCAAGAAGGCCAGUAAUCGCAGUGAGGACUGUGUCUUUAUUGAGAUGGUGCUUGAGAACAACUACACAGCAUUAAUGUCAGCACGUUACAAAGACUGGUAUGUGGGCUUCACCAAGAGGGGUCGCCCUCGCCGUGGCCCACAGACUCUUCUAAACCAGCAAGACGUUCAUUUCAUGAAGCGCCUUCCUCCAGGAGAGCAGCCAGACCACACGCCAUUUCGUUUCACCACUGUCAGCAAGAGGAGCAAAAGAGUCCGUGCUGCACGACCACGCUAACUUAUGCUGCACUAAAGCUAAAAAAAACACGAUCCCUCUAAGGGACAAAACAUUUAAAUCAGGGCCUUGCAACAAAAGACAACCCUAGACUACAUCCCAAUAAUUGGGACCAUGUUCAUGUUUAAAUUAGGACCUGCUAAGGAAACAAAAUGACUAAUGGGACCAGGUUAACGCUAAAAGAACCUGAUGUGGAUGGAAAGUCCAACCACAGUUUACUGGCUAAAUGUGGAGUGCUUUUCUUUUGAAGAUUAAGCUAAGUUUUACUGUAGCAUUUUCCAGUCAACAGGAUCUAAACUGGACCAGCAAUUAUACCACAACAUGUGCUAUUCCCCACUAGAGCCUUGACUGUAGUCUAGCACAGACAUGCUAAACCAAGCCCAAACAUGAUGCAGUGACUAGUUGUAGUAAUUUUCUAUAGACUAAAGAUGCAGAAAAACUGACAACUAACAAUCCUCAAUACAGCACAGGGGACACGACUCGACACUCUACAAAAGACCGUUCUCUCUUACACACAGCAUAGGCUUCACUCAGGAUUCCCCGAACAAGAUUCAUGAAAAUGUGACUGUGAUAAAAUAAUGAAUCUUCGGGAAUUGUUUAGAGGUGUGUAAGAUUUAAAUUGAGUAAUGAUUUGAAAAAGACUCAAGAGUGUAAUAAAGGAGAGACUACAUUUAAGAUCUCUCCCUCUCCUCCUGCCUGCAAUCUAGUAUGAAUUUAAGAAUGCGUGCAUGUGUGUACAUGGGUGUGUAUGUAUCUAAAAGAGUGUUUCAGGUUGCACCAAAGACCACAUUGGAUGCUCCCACAGAAGAAGUUGCGGAGUACAUCUGUGUAGGUAACCUUAAAAAAGUGCUUGCCUUUUUCUGAAAGAACCUACUAAAACUGGAAUGUAAUAAUUAUAAUAAUAAUGAUGAUGAUGACAAAAGGCCAUGAAAGUCCUUAGAAAGCUGCACCAAAAAUGAACUAAUGACCAAAGACAACUGAAGACCAGUGAGUAAUAUGACAAUACCCAGCACCCUAAUAUUCCAGAAUCCAGCAGCCUAUCAGAGUGCAGGACUUAGCAGUGGGACAGGAAAGGGAUGGAGUCUUCCCUCUAUAUUCCUUUUGCUUUUGAAAUGACACAAGGAGCAAUGUUCCUGUUUGGAUUCCAACUGGAAUGCUGCUAAUAGAAAUGUUAGACAAAUACCAAAGUCAUAUAUGUUAUUGUUUAAACGGAAAAAAGCAUUACAAUAAAUAAAA